AAUUUGCAAUUUCCUGUCUAAUUAUUCUGGUGAAGUAGACUAGCUAUACUUGCCUGUGCUAAGAUGAAGCUGCUCUUGUUGGCCUGUCUGGUUGCUGUGUGCAGUGCUGCCCCUUCUGUUCCAGAGGUGGCUGAAACAUUCUGUGCUGAUGGAGAGAUUGAGUUUCAUACCUCUGAGAGAACACUCACUGGAAAAUUCGUAAUAUGCCAUGAUUUUGGGAAGCAGCUGGAGAUGGAAGGAGCAGAAUAUUCCGAGACUAAGGAUAUCUUUAGAACCCUCCUUAUCUACAACUCUACAACGAGUCACAUGGCGUACUAUGUCAGAGGAAAGUUUGGAGGGGAGAGAUGUGUUCCUGAGAGCAGGAAUGUCACCUCCAGACUGCCUCCAUUCUUUGACUGGGUUAAGUUAGCAACGUACGAGGGACAAAAGAAAAUCAAAGAAAUAAAUUACGACUUCUGGGGAUUGACAGUUGCUAAUGUACGUUUUGAGCUGGCUGUAGCCCCUGACAACCCUAAUGUGCCUGUCUACUACAACCGCAAAGAAGCUGAGAAUUUUGUGAAAUAUACAAUUGCCAGCUUCAAUGCUGCUACUCCCGACCCAAGUGCAUUCGAGCUCCCAAAAGCAUGCCAAGAUUCAUAGUUGUAUAUAUAUAUUCAUUUGAACAUGAGACUAGCAUGCUAGCUGGAGAACAUUCCAUUUAUUGAUAAGUGUAUUCAUUUGUCAUGUGUUUGUGAAUAUUGGACGUAGGCUGGGGGAGGGACCAGCAGGAUCAUAUUGCAAUCACAAGUCUGACUGAACUCUAGUAUGCGCAUGCGUGUCAUCCCACUAUUAUAAAAGUCCUGUGCACAAAACACCUGCACAUACAUUUUUUUCACAAGCUUGUUUAAAAUGCUCAAGGUUGCAGUUGCUGUUUUUGCUCUAGUAGCUGUGUGCUAUGCACAGCCACCUCUAAAACCUCCAAUGAUCCCUGAGACAUUCAUGACUGAGAUUGAUGUUCACAUUGCUGAACAUGGCAGAGAACGUUUGAUGGGAAAAGGUAAAUGGGAGCGUGACGAAAUGAAAAUGGCGGCAACGAGGAGUGUCGAGUUCAAAGAGUGGAAGGAUAAUGUUACGUUCACUGACAUGCAUCUGGAAAAGUUUGACACGAAAAUGGCCUACGAUGUUGAAAUGAACAGCACAGGCACCUACUGUAUGAAACAUGCUAUUAAACUACCAAGCAUGCCGAAAGUAUGGGAGUGGCUACAAAAGGCCACUGGAGACAGACACAUGGACCCCCGUUCUAAAAUGGAAGUAGACCGAUGGACUCUUCGCCUGGAAGAUGGUAACGACAUCGUGCUUUUUGUGGCUGAUGAUAAGCCAAACGUUCCCUUAGCUUUGUUCAGUUUUGGACGGCACGGUGCAGAGGAAGUAAGGUUUACUUCUUUCGUAGCCAUGGCCCCUCCUAGCAGUGACUUCGAUCCCCCUCCUUCAUGCGCAUAGAAAUGAACACAAAACUCUGUAGUUACCCUAUAUUAUACUUGCAUGGUAGACUAGACUUAUAUAUAGACACCUUUUUGGUUGGUUAAUGUGUAUGCGUAUAUUUUAUGAAGUUUGAAGAACCACACUGAUAA